AUGGAUAGCAAUACUAGCAUUGCAUUACAAUAUGUAAUGUUGUAUACGAGGAAAGUUUUUAUGUUUUGUUUAUUACCAUUGACUCAUUUAAUCUAUCCUUGUCUAAACCUUUCAUAUCAAAUGAUAAAGCAUACUGUAUUUAUUCCUCUUGCAAUAACAAUCAACAUAUUAAUAUACGGAUUUUUGUUUCUACCUAGCAAGCCAUUGUUCUAUAUACUUGGUAUAGAUGAGCCUACGAGAGACAAUAUCAAAGUACUAAUUCCUCACAUUCAAUUUUUUAUGGUCAAUUUAACCCACUAUGUAAUGGUGGGGGUUAUAUUUGGAACUGUGGUUGGAAUACUAACAGGAUUUAAUUUAAGAAUAAUCCAAUACUUAUUGACUAUUAGUGAUAUAGAAACAAUACCUAAUAAGGUAAAGAAUGAGAAAAAUCAAACAACACCGUAUUUGAAUGAUUUAGUUUCUCAAGUUACACCUAGUGUUUCAAAUGAGUUUGCGGACAAAAAUACUACUCCAAUAGGAUAUGAAAGUACUCCUGAAGUCCUAGGCUCAGGGAAUAGAACAAGCACAGGCAAAUACGCUACAAGCCAAGUUAGAUCGUCACCUAACGUGUUAUCGCUGGGUUCUAGCAAUUUUGCUUACGAAGAUGACGAUGGGUACUAUCCAACAACCCAAAGAGGAAAAUUCAAGCAUUCCGACAAAAACCGUGCCAUAUCUCGUAGAAAGACUCAUCCUUUCACGAUUAAAGAAGACAGUUAUUCUGAAACAGAUGAGAAGCAGCAGCCUUACAAGAGAUUGAAGGUCACCGCUGACAUAUUUGAAGCAGAAGGGAAAGCAAAGGACCAGCAGAAGGAAGAUGGUGACCCUGAAGGCCCGGCUUAUGAAGUGAAUGAUGAGAGUUACGUUGAUGAUGGCCAUGAUACCACCAGCACUACGAAGAAUGAUAUAUUUUCCUUAAGAGGUAAAGACACAGACCUUAGUACGUUGGCCUCGCAUGUAACAGUUUCGGAUCCUAAAGAAUCCAAAAAUGGUUAA